GUCUAAAUUUUUUAAUCGAUACAAUUAAUGACAUUAAAAAUAUUAAAAUUUUCAGAUUUAAAUAUCAAAUUGAAUGAAGGCAUGAUGUUAAUACUCCCAAGAUCCAGUUCGCCGUUCGUUUCGAAAAAUCAAGAAGAUAUAGCAUGGAAUAAUCACAUACACACCAAUUUCGCUUGCUUUGUCUUGCUUCGUUGUCCUGACAACGUUGCGGCUGCGAUCGAAACGCUUCUUAUCAGCGUACUUGUGGAACACUUCUUCUCUUGCUUUUUAUCAGCUUCAUUUUCAUUUUUCUUUUGCCAAACGAAUCGGCAUGGCCAAAUUCGUGAGUACUUAUGAGAAGCCUCUACCUCAUAUCGGCCUGCCGGAUUGGUACGCCAAGCAAUGGGAGCUGCGACGAAGCGCGGACAUUAGACGAGUCGAGGCCUGUCAACUACGGAAUUCAGGCAAAAGUGUGCGUUCCGAGGGGAACGUGACAACGAAAUGGGACACUUUAAUAAAUAAUACUCGAUUGAUGGACAGAAUGACAGAAUUAUCGAGAUGGAAAGACACGCUGGCGGACUUGUUACAAAAGUUAUUAAUCGAAACACGCAUGCUAAGCGAUGAGAAGGCCGAUACGGAGAAGGAAAUUGAAAGCAUAGACCAUCCCCUGCGAAUUGUCAGCGAGUGUAUUUCGAUAAGGGACUGCCGUAGAGGAACCGAGCUCACGUAUGACGAGACUGAUGUCGAGCUGAAGAAGGAGCUCUGCGCGAUCGCCAAUGUUAAAGAAACGUUCACCAACAGAGCACAGGCCGCGUGGGAAAAGUUAAAUCACUUGGAGGACGUGAAAUUUAAGCUGAGCUUAGAUAUAGAGGAUAAAAAUGAAACUAUUAGAAUAGAUAAGGAAAACCUCGAAUUGAAUGAGACUUGUGCAAACAUAAGCUACAAGCCGAGAACGUCAAUUACCGAAAAAACGGAUUCUAUUACGUACGAAACUUGGUUGGACCGAUGUCAACGUUUAAAAAUGUUAGCCGACAAGGAACUGAGUGACGGUUGCACUUUUCGCGAAGCUAUGCGCGUAAUGAAGGAAUGUGCGCGAAAUGAUAUCAAAGCUCAACAAGAUGCGACGGAUUAUACUUUGAGAAAGAGGAUUUAUCAAACACAAAAAGCCAGGAAUGAAAUGGAAUGGCAGAAGCUCAAGGUACAGAAGGAAAUGGAAAUGUUAGGAAAAGAAAUAAUCGAGUUGGAAAGAACAUUGAUGAAUAAAACAAAGGUGGUAAAAUGCGUCGAAACACGAUUAGAAAAUCGCGCGUAUCGGCUUGGCUCGGAACUUUGUACGGAUGAAGUUGAAUUAGGAUUGAAGAACGAAGUUCUGCAAUUAAAACAGACUAAGAAGGAUUUGAUUCAGACUAUCGAACAUGCAAAAGCGAGCUACAAUAGUUUGGAAUCUUUGCUCAUACGUAUCGACAAGAAUCUGGAUGAUAAACAGCACUCUCUAAACACUGAUGUUAUGUGUUUAGACACGAGAUCAAUGCUAAAGACAGGGGACAAAUCAGGUUUGCCUAAUGAGACAAACCGUAAUAUUGUGUUAACACGCAUGGAGAAAGAAAUUCCGCUAGAAUCUUAAUUUGGUUGUUUUAUCUGUCUGUAUUUCACUCCCAAUUUCUUUUUUAAAAUACG